UUCGUUUUCUGUAUUAAAUCGCAACACAUCUUAUGAAUAAUCAUGGCAGACAAGGAUGCUCUGUUUGACGAACUCUCAAAAGAAUUUCCAGCUGGAAAGUAUACAACCUUUUGCAAUCAAAUGGGCUUUAGCUACAAUGAAGCUCAGAACAUGCUGACGAGGUUUAAAGAGAAUUCCAACGUGGCUCUAAGAGACCUACUAUCUCAGUGGGAUCUAAAGAUGAACGGUGUCACCAGGAAACAACUCGAAGAUGCCCUGGACGGAGCAGAGGUCGGUGGACUCUGUUCCAUUGUGGAUAAACAUUAUUCAAAUGCUUCCCGUAGAGUGGUAGCCGCCACGGGAUUGGUAGCCGGAGAGGGCGCUGUUCACGACACUAGAAAUGAGUUUAUCAACAAAUCAGACAGAUCGGACUCAGUAAACACGAAUCAAGAAGAUAUCUACAGUAAGAAGAUCUCGGCAUCAUUGACUGUUCAGCGAUGUCGCGAAAAGUUGGAGAAUAAGUACCGAAAUCAAUUGUGCAAAAUUCAAAUGAAACCGUGGGAUCAAACUGAUUAUGCUGAGUUCAACGAUAUGCAUACGGUUGUCACGAUGGUGCAGAAGGACGCUCGUGGACAAGACACGAAAAAGAAGGAAAUACUCCAGGGUUCUGUUGCUGAAAUAUUUUCAACGAAAGUAAACGGAGAACUGCCAGCUCGAAUCCUCAUUUCGGCCCCCGCUGGAAGAGGAAAGACCACGGCUGUCGCUAAGAUGGCUUACGACUGGGUUCACAGGGAAAAGGGGUCAGCAUUAGAACUACUGCCACUUCUGUUUGUUGUGAAAUUCCGAAACACAAGUCAGCUUACAUCGAUCGGAGAAGCUAUCAAAUCCCAGCUUUUGAGUGAUGUUAAUGAUCUCACACCAGAGGGUCUAGAGAGUUUCAUUAGAGAGAAUCAGGGAAUCUGUCACAUCAUACUAGACGGGCUAGAUGAGUAUGCCGGUAUUUCUUCUUCAAACCGGAGCUUAGGGAGCAACAUUGUCAGUGUCAUCCGCUGGGAGGAAUUUCCAGAGUGUAGAGUCCUUGUAACAACGCGCCCUCACCUAGAGAACUUCUUCAAUCAAGCGGAACUUCCAAGGGUAUACACAAAGAUGUGGAUCGAAGGAUUCUCGCAAGAGAGCUCACGAGAGUACAUCGACAAGUUCUUUGCUUCGACUUCGAAUCCUUGUGGUGGACAUGGACAUGGUCUGAAGGUUUACCUUGAUGACCAACCACUGAUUAAUGAACUUGUUAAAACACCUUUAUUUUGUCUCAUGGUGUGUCACCUAUGGAGCGAGGGGAGUUUGAACACUGAAAUUGCAACUCAAACAGAAUUAUUAGACAGCGUGAAUGAUUUUCUGAUGCACCAUGCCAAUGCCCGAGCAACAUCAACAUACAACAUAACAGAAGAAGAACUAAUCGAAAUAAUUUGUAAGCUGGGUAAGGUUGCUUUAGCUGGUCUACUCGAUGACUCUAAAAAAAUAGUUUUUACGCCCCAUAAUUUCCGAAGAGUUCCCGCUAUCCUUGAUAGGGCAUGUGAGCUUGGGAUAUUAUCCAAGACGACGAUUCCAAAGACAAGGCUCCAACGAUCCCACAAGGCCACAUCCACGACCAUUGAGUUUUAUCAUAAACUCGUUCAGGAACACUCUGCUGGGAAAUACCUUGCUGCUAAAACAAAGAAAUAUAUGUUACGACUGAAGAUUUCUAAGUUGGACAGACUGCUGCGAAACAUCAAAGCAAACAUCGGUGACUAUGAGAAUCUCAUCCGAUUUGCAGCUGGCACAGAUAACAACCUUUGCAUACGAAUAAUGGAGGCGCUCCUUUCCAACCGCUUUUUGGAUGAGAGCGAGCGAUAUCGCAUUCUCCUUGACUGCUCAUCAGAGACCAAGGGUACUCAACAAAAUGUGUCUUCGUUGGUUCAAAGAUGUGUGAAUGCAGAGAGUAUUGUUCUAAAGUCACCGACUGUCUACACCGUCGUUGGGAUGCAAAAUCUUCCAAAGCAACUUAAGCUUCAGGUAUGCACAUUUUCAUUUGACAAAAUGUGUUUACAAUAA